GUUGGAGGCAGUUGUUUUGUGGGACUCGCGGGGAAUGGCAAACUCCACGGUAUCCUUGGAAACAUCCGACUAAAUGACAAUGGCUGAGGCUAUCUGCUGCACUUUGGUGAACUGUAACUGUGACAGCUUCAAGCCUGGGAAGCUGAAGAGGAGGCAGUGUGAAAACUGCAAGCAUGGCUGGGUAGCACACGCGCUGAGUAAACUGAAGCUGCACCACAUGUACCAGAGCAGCCAGGUGGAGAUCGUGCACUCCAAUGUGGUGUUCGAUAUCUGCAGCCUGAUGCUGUACGGUACACAAGCCAUCCCCAUCCGUCUCAAGAUCCUCCUGGACCGCCUUUUCUCUGUCCUCAAGCAGGAGGAGGUCAUCCAGAUCCUCAACGCACUGGACUGGACGCUGCAGGACUACAUACGAGGAUACGUACUCCAGGAUGUGGCCGGCAAAGUGCUGGAUCGGUGGGCCAUCAUGACAUUUGAGGAGGAGAUUGCCACACUGCAACAAUUCCUGCGUUUUGGCGAGACCAAGUCCAUAGUUGAGCUGAUGGCUCUGCAGGACAAGGAGGGCCAGGCGGUGUUGGUUCCAAGCACCCGCACCAACUCUGACAUCCGCACUUUUAUCGAGCGCAACACCCCACGCACCGCUGCCAACCUCUCUGCAUCCAAAGUGGAGAAGCUUAGUGGCAACAGCAUGCACCACUUUGAAAACUUCAUCAACAGCAUGGCCUUCAUGCUGCCCUUCCAGCUGUUGGGCUCUGUUCCAGCUCCGUUUCUGGGCUCGUCGACAGGAGCAAUGCAGCAGCAGCACCAGCAGCACCAGCAGCCAUGCCGGGGGUCAGUGGAGCAGCAGAGCCAGAGACGGGAUGAUCAAGGGCGGGAUGGUCUAGGGAGGGACAACCCCCUCUCUAUUUCACAUCCUCCAGAAAGCAGCCUGUUAGGUUCCAGCUCUGUCUCAUUCAAUGCUGAUUUAGACCGAAGUGGAGACAAGCCAAUGGACAGCCUGUCCACCACCACAAAGAUUGAGGCUGAGGACUUCUCCCUUAGCGACAACUACUCUGAUGGACCCUCCACGCCAUGUACACCCUCCAUGAGUUCUGAUGUAACACAGAUGUCGCCCGAGGGCAAGAUGCGUUGCAUGGACAGGAACGGGAGCAGCGGUGGAGGGAUGUCAGGAGGUUGUGGGGGAGGAGGAUCUCUGAAGAAGGGUCGUGUGUUUUGCAAUGCCUGUGAGAAGACGUUCUACGACAAAGGCACGCUGAAAAUCCACUACAAUGCAGUGCACCUGAAGAUUAAGCACAAGUGUACCAUCGAGGGCUGUAACAUGGUGUUCAGCUCGCUGCGCAGUCGCAAUCGCCACAGUGCCAACCCAAACCCGAGGCUGCACAUGCCCAUGAACCGCAACAACCGUGACAAAGACCUGCGGGGAAACUUGUCUAGCGACGAAGGCUCUCAAGGAGAGAAGAGGUCUGAAUAUGGUACCCACAUCCCAACCUGCUCUGUAGAAAGUCAUAAGUCAGUUCCCAGCUACAUGGUGAGCCAUGUGGACAAUGGCUCUAAAAUCCACAGCAGCUCCUUCCCCAGUAUGGGCCACAGUGGCAUCCUCUUUCCCAACUUAAAAACAGUACAGCCGGUCCUGCCUUUCUACAGAAGUCUGGUUACCCCAGCAGAGCUUGCCAACACCCCAGGAACACUACCUUCUCUCCCCCUCCUCUCCUCUUCUGUGCCCAUCAAACAUAACACAGCUCCUGAGCUCUGCUCAACAGAUCCCAUACCAAAGAAAAAGUCUCGAAAAUCAAGCAUGCCAAUAAAAAUAGAGAAGGAAACAGUGGAGCAUGAUGAGCAUAUGGAUAAGGGCAGCAGCUCUGAGGAUGAAGCUCCCUUACAAGGCAGGGACAAGGAAGAGUAUGACGGCAUCCGAGCAGAAGGACGUAUGUGCGCAAGAGAAGCUGGGCACGAGAAGGAGGAGAGAGGGGCGUACAAUAGUGAAGAGAGGGAAUCAGAAGGUGAUAAGCAUCUGUUGGACCAUACUUUAGAUAGAGAGAUGACAGAGAGGGAGGACAAAGAUGAUGGGCCACAGCAAAUGGAAGCAGGUGUCAUCACUUGCACAUCUUCCCCCUUUGAAAACAGGCUGAUGGAGAACCUUCGAGAGAACCACUUACUCUGUCAGGAACCCAAUGGCAAUGGGGAUGAGGGUGAGCACAGGCUUACCAAUGGGGGUGCUCUCCAACUCUCAGACCACGAGAAAGAGGGGUCCGACGGCUGUGUGAAUGACUACGGUGACUCCGAUUUGUCUCAACUCAACCCUGACGCUGACCUGUCACACCACUGUGAAAUCUGCAGUAAAACCUUUAAGAACCCCUAUAGCGUCAAGAUGCAUUACCAAAAUGUCCACCUGAAGGAGAUGCACAUGUGCACAGUGGACGGCUGCAAUGCUGCCUUCCCCUCCCGAAGGAGCCGAGACAGACACAGUGCAAAUUUGAACCUGCACCACAAGCUGCUGACCAAAGACUCUUUCAGCCCAGCCAAUGUCCUCUACUUACCCUCAUCCCACUGCAGAGACAGAGACUCUGUUGGCCUGGACUACUGCCAGGACCAGCGGGACAGAGAUCUGUCCCAUCGAGACCCAACCAGCCAGACCUCUGUCAUCUUCAGAGGACACAAUCGAAUGGGUCUGGUCUUCCCCAUGAGCAAAAUGUCUACUGCACCAGACAGCUCUGAGGCAUCUCCCCUAGGAGAGAUGGAGGGAUUAGGAGGAGGAGGAGGAAGAGGAGGAGGAGAAGGUGGUGGUAAUGGGGAGGAUGGAGCAGUCCUGGACCUGAGCACUACCUCCUCUGCCCCACCUCGCAGCGGUGCUCGAUCUUCCUGGGACUCAGAUGGAGCCGGUAGUGAGGAAGGAGAGGGGAUUGAAGAGGAUGAGGAAGCGCUCCCCAUGGAGGACAGUGAUGAAAGCUGCGAUGGGAUUGGUGUGGGGAGGCCUGGGGGCGAGGAGUUGGCACUCGGGGGAGAAAGGAGCCUGGGCUGCGUUGGGGGAGGACAGAGCGUACUCCAAGGAGGUGGGGGUGGAUCUCCGAUAACCUGCCACGUCUGCCAAAAGGUCUACAGCAACAAGGGCACAUUCAGGGCCCAUUACAAGACUGUCCAUCUGCGACUGCUGCACAAGUGUAAAGUCCCUGGUUGUGAUACAUCUUUCUCCUCUGUACGGAGCAGGAACAGGCACAGCCAGAACCCAAAUCUCCACAGGAACCUAGCUGUUAGCUCAGGGGCCACUAUGGACCAGGAGUAG